GAGGAAAGGGAAGCCGGGGGCGGGCCGCCUAGGGGAUGAAGUGGGGGCGCUCGGUGCUCUGUCCUCACUCGCAGCUGUCGGGAGCCGGGGAGCGUGCUCCCCGCCUCCAGUCAGGCGCGCGGACCUCGGACCCUGGAGCCUCGGCCGCUGGGAGCCGUCCCCAGGGGUUGUCGCCUGGGCCAACUGCGUUCUCCGGCCCGGAGGGGCCUGGCCUGAAGCGGUGGGGGAAAGGUCAGCAUGAGCCGGGGGGCCCGGCGGGCUGGCGCAGGGCAGGUGGCCGCAGUGCAGCUGCUGGUCACCCUGAGCUUCCUCCCGAGCGUCGUCGAGGCCCAGGUCACUGGAGUCCUGGAUGAUUGCUUGUGUGAUAUUGAUAGCAUAGAUAACUUCAACACCUUCAAAAUCUUCCCUAAAAUAAAAAAACUACAAGAGCGAGACUAUUUCCGUUAUUACAAGGUUAAUCUGAAGCGACCAUGUCCUUUCUGGGCAGAAGAUGGCCAUUGUUCAAUAAAAGACUGUCAUGUGGAGCCCUGUCCAGAGAGUAAAAUUCCAGUUGGAAUUAAAGCUGGAAGUUCUAAUAAGUAUUUGAAAGUGGCAAACAGUUCCAAAGAAUUAGAAGAUUGUGAGCAAGCUAAUAAACUGGGAGCAAUUAACAGCACAUUAAGUAAUCAAAGCAAAGAAGCUUUCAUUGACUGGGCAAGAUAUGAUGAUUCACAGGAUCAUUUUUGUGAACUUGAUGAUGAGAGAUCUCCAGCUGCUCAAUAUGUAGACCUCUUACUGAACCCAGAGCGUUACACUGGCUAUAAAGGGUCUUCUGCAUGGAGAGUGUGGAACAGCAUCUAUGAAGAAAACUGUUUCAAGCCUAGAUCAGUUUAUCGUCCUUUAAAUCCUCUGGCACCUAGCCGAGGAGAAGAUGAUGGAGAAUCAUUCUACACAUGGCUAGAAGGUUUGUGUCUGGAGAAAAGAGUCUUUUACAAGCUUAUAUCAGGACUUCAUGCUAGUAUCAAUUUACAUCUGUGUGCAAAUUAUCUUUUGGAAGAAACCUGGGGCAAACCUAGCUGGGGACCUAAUAUGAAAGAAUUUAAACGCCGCUUUGACCCUGUGGAAACCAAGGGAGAAGGUCCAAGAAGGUUAAAGAAUCUGUACUUUUUAUACUUAAUUGAGCUUCGAGCUUUAUCAAAGGUGGCCCCAUAUUUUGAACGUUCAAUUGUUGAUCUUUACACUGGAAAUGUAGAAGAAGAUGCUGACACAAAAACCCUUCUACUGAAUAUUUUUCAAGAUACAAGGUCCUUUCCCAUGCACUUUGAUGAGAAAUCCAUGUUUGCAGGUGACAAAAAAGGGGCCAAAUCAUUAAAGGAGGAAUUCCGAUUACAUUUCAAGAAUAUCUCCCGUAUAAUGGACUGUGUUGGAUGUGACAAAUGCAGAUUAUGGGGGAAAUUACAGACUCAGGGUUUAGGAACUGCCCUGAAGAUAUUAUUUUCUGAAAAAGAAAUCCAAAAGCUUCCAGAGAACAGCCCAUCUAAAGGCUUCCAACUCACGCGACAGGAAAUAGUUGCUCUUUUAAAUGCUUUUGGAAGGCUUUCUACAAGUAUAAGAGAGUUACAGAAUUUUAAAGUCUUACUACAACACAGUAGGUGCCAUUGUGUAUAAGAAAGGACAGCUAUUUUGAUUUUCAUCAGCAUUACCUUCCACUGGAAAUUUGGGAACAGUUCACAGUAAACCUCUCAGACGUUUGCAAACUGAAGUACCUGCAGAAACCAUAGCUAUUCAUCAAAGUACAAAGACUGAGCGCAUGAUAUCAUGGGAAUUAUUUGGUAAAACAAAACACAGAACGUACACACAUACAUAUUAGUACUCUAUUGUUACAUCUACAGGUACCACUUUGAUUUUGAACAUAAUUCCAAAUAAUUUACCAUUGUACCCACCAAACUGUAGAAAAUGUGAAUUAAAGAAUGUUUCUGUA